GUACCAGUAUAUGUCUGAACCUCAAAUUUCCUUUUAGUAGUUGGAUCUUCAUGCUAUAAACCCAAAAAAGCGAAUGGAUUUUGAAAAUUUAACAAAAGAAAUAAAACAGAAGCUUGAAAAUUGCCUUAUAAAAAGCGGAAAUGAUGCAUGCAUACAAGAGAAUUGGAUUAUAAGUAAUGUAAUUAAGCUAUUUGAAGAAUACCCUUCAGGUAUCACAUGGGCAAUCUUAUUGAAUGAACUUGAAUUAGCAUACACUGAGCGGUUCUAUCAUGAAGAUCGAUUUUCAACUCUAGAGUCAGUGAAAGAUUCUGAAUCUGACGUCCAAUUCGAGAAUAGCUUCGAACUGGAGUGUGUGGAUUACGAUUAUCAUCCUCUUCCUACUUUACAUCUAAAAGACAGACGGCAAAACACUUGCGACUUGAUGUUACAUUCGUCUUACUUCUUGUUAUUUCAUAGUCCAUUCGAUAUACUGAAAAAUUCUUCUGUUCGAUUUUCCAAGACAAACUUAUACCCGAAAUGGUUUUUGAAGAAAAAGCUGCAGUUCUUACCUACGACUCAUUUUCUACCCACCCUUGGUGAUGAUAAAUUCUUCUCAUUUAUGGAAAAAGUAUUAGAAACUAAGGAACAUGAGGUAUUCUGGAUUGUGAGCAAAAGUCCAGUUGAGCGAGUGCCACAAAAUGGAGAAGAAACAAGUUCUGUCUUAGUUCGACCAGUUGAUAAGGUUCUCGAUCAAAACGAAGAAUUAGUUUACGAUUCUUCGAGCCUUCUUACCUUUCAGUUUACUGGAAGUUUUGCCGAUUAUCCUGACAUGUUGGACUGUGGGCAGUAUCUCAUCCUGCCGUAUUGGAAUACAUUUUGGGAAAAGGAACUUCAGUGGCAGGAAGGAAUGAUUGGAAUUAUGUCGUCCAUAGAGAAACCCGAGCAAGGGGGUUAUAAUGAGCAAGUUUGGGCAACUGGCCGAGUUAGGUCAGUUUUACCUACCUACGUAAGUCUUGACUGUCCAAAUGGAUUAAAGGAAAUUAUAUUAUCUCCUGACAAAUCCAAUCUAGCUCGAAAAACCAUACCUGGGGAACAAAUAGUUGUAACUUCGUUGAAACAGGAUUCCGAUUGCCGGGAACAGUACUUGGUUUCUUCAGAUACAGACCUCAUAUCGAUUUCGCAGCUUAAUUGUCCCUUGAAUUCGAACUUUCUGCGGAAUGAUUUAAUAAGUUUUAAAAACUUACGUGCGCAUACUCAGGGUCAUAUCAAAGUCUUACCUUUGCAGCUUUAUGUCUUUUUAAACCAUUCUUCUUCCAUGGAAUCAGAAAGUAAUGUUUGCAGUCUUUCUUUUCGGAUUAUUGUAAUGGACCAGUUUCAUGACAAAAUUUCGGCCUCUUUACAUCCAAGAGGUACGGAGCAUCAGCAAGUGGAGAUUCCUGAUGCUUUAACUCUGAAUGAACAGAAUAAUGAUCGCCAUUUUCAAACAAUUAAUCUUACGGAUAUGUAUCCUGAUUACAUUUGGUGUGAUAUAUACAUGAAUCAUGAAAAUGUGAUUAGCAUACAGAAGCUGUCAUCAGUUUAAUGACUUUACGAUUGUUUGUUUCACAAUUUUAAUCAUUGAAGAAUAACAGGAGGACGGCAGAAAUAGAUAUUCAUUAAUGAAAGACUAUAAUAAUAAUAAUAAAACAAAAGUGUAAACGAG